AUGCUUACUGUAAUCAAGUACACAAGUCUACUUCAAAAGGGUCCUUCUUUGGGAACUUUGACCCCUGUAAGAAGAGGAGAGCCUGGCUCAGUGGAGGAUGAAGCAAGGGACAACAUCACCAUCUUUACCAGAAUUCUUGACCGACUCCUGGAUGGCUACGACAAUCGCCUGAGACCAGGAUUAGGAGAAAGAAUAACAGAAGUCAAGACAGACAUCUAUGUGACAAGCUUUGGACCUGUUUCAGACACUGACAUGGAAUACACAAUUGAUGUGUUCUUUCGGCAAAGUUGGAAUGAUGAAAGGCUUAAGUUUAAGGGUCCAAUGAACAUUCUUCGAUUGAACAACCUGAUGGCCAGUAAGAUAUGGACACCAGACACAUUCUUUUAUAAUGGCAAGAAGUCAGUGGCACAUAACAUGACCAUGCCUAACAAGCUGCUACGAAUCCAAGAUGAUGGGAAGCUUCUUUAUACAAUGAGGCUUACUGUCCAGGCAGAGUGCCCAAUGCACUUGGAGGAUUUUCCAAUGGAUGCACAUGCUUGCCCUUUGAAAUUUGGAAGCUAUGCAUAUACAAGCACAGAGGUGAAUUACAAUUGGACCAAUGGACCAGAAAACUCUGUGGAAGUCGCAGAAGAUGGCUCUCGCCUGAAUCAGUAUGAUUUACUAGGACAAACUGUCGGGGAAGAGCUUGUCCAGUCCAGCACAGGUGAAUACAAAGUUAUGACGACAUACUUCCACCUGAAGAGAAAAAUUGGGUAUUUUGUGAUCCAGACCUAUCUGCCGUGUAUCAUGACUGUCAUUCUUUCUCAAGUGUCAUUUUGGUUGAAUAGAGAAUCAGUCCCUGCAAGGACUGUCUUUGGAGUUACAACAGUGCUUACAAUGACGACUCUGAGUAUCAGUGCUCGAAACUCUCUUCCUAAAGUUGCGUAUGCAACUGCCAUGGAUUGGUUUAUUGCUGUCUGCUAUGCCUUUGUGUUCUCUGCACUAAUAGAAUUUGCCACAGUAAAUUAUUUUACGAAAAGAGGCUGGGCUUGGGAUGGCAAAAGUGUUGUGAAUGAUAAGGACUACAAGAAGAAAGACAAGGCUUCUAUCAUGAAGAAAAAUAAUGCUUAUGCUGUCGCAGUUGCCAAUUAUGCACCUAAUAUCACCAAGGACUCAGCACUACCAACGAUUGCAAAGAGUGCAACUGCAGAACCAAAAGAGGCCAAACCAGAGACCAAGCCACAGGAGGCCAAGAAAACAUUUAACAGCGUAAGCAAAAUCGACAGAAUGUCCAGGAUAAUGUUCCCUGUUUUAUUUGGAACUUUCAAUUUAGUGUACUGGGCUACAUAUUUAAACAGAGAACUUGUUGUUAAAGGGAUGAGCAAUGAUGCUGCAAAAUAAUCAUUGAUGCAUUUUAAGGCAUGUGGAAUUUCUAAAGGGUGAUGAUGCCAAAUACAACCUGUAAUUGCUAAUCUAUGUACUUUGGUAUGUUUAUAGAAAUAAGCCUUUAUUUUGUCAUGAUUCACGCACAGAAGAAUUGCAAAAUCCACACGAUUCAC